GUUCCUGGUCGAUUAUUCCCAAUAGACUUGAAAUAUAUCCCUCCAACUCCAUCUGAAAUUGCCCAGUCCAGUGAUCGAUUGGACCCCAGUCCUUACAUCCGACUGUUACAGCGAAUCGAUGCAAAAUAUCUGGCCACCGAACGAGGAGACUUGUUAGUGUUCUUACCCGGAAUGGCUGAGAUACAGGCUGUCAUGGAGCCAGCCAAAGCUUACGCAGAGCAAACGAAGCGCUGGAUCAUUUUGCCACUGCACAGCACACUAUCCGCUCGUGACCAAGAGAAAGUUUUCCAUGUGGCACCGGAUGGUGUUCGAAAGUGUGUCCUGUCGACAAACAUUGCUGAGACAUCCUUGACGAUUGACGGUAUACGAAUUGCUCAAGUCUUGUGGGAACAUCGGACCAAUAGUGCUGAAAUACGUCGUACCGUUUUGAGAGGAAAUAAUUCACCCACGAUAGAUGAACUGAUCACACUCCCUAGGUUGCACCCGCUUGGUCCCGUGUUCCAUAGGCCUGUCAACCGAAUUCCUCGGACAUCCAUCUUCGCACAACCACCCGAGGGUUGGAAACGAACCAGAGUCACCAGCGAACGAAACUGUGAUAGCCACUGUACAACAUGGACGCGGUUUACAGCCGAAAACAAUGUUGAUUUCUUGGUUGUUGAUCAAUUGGCUGCUCAUCUGUUCACCGAGCUUGGCAAUCGACUUGCAAACGUUUCGGCACCAUACAAGGAGACAUCAUUAGUGCGCAGUUGGGUGAGUGAUGAUGAUGUCUCCUCGAAUGGUGACGAAACGGGGCGAGAUGACUCAGUGGUUAGAGCGAGCAUUUACUGGCCGGAAUGUUCGUGUUUCGAACCCGACCUCUGCCUUUCGAUUUCCCCUGUCUGGGCUUGGGUAACCUGGCAGUAUUCCAGCCCUCGUACUUUCUUUGGGUGGCAUGGCAGCUAUGCACAGAAGGGAUUCGUUGCUGAUUCUGGAAGAGUCAAGGAGCUCAGCUGGGAUGCCACGGCGCGUAUGAGACGUCUCAAAGAGUUCCCAGUUUCCAAGGCGAGUGCAGAUCAACGGAAGGGUCGUGCCGGACGUACAGGCCCUGGUGUCUGCUAUCGAUUCUACACUCAAGAAGAUUACGAAGAAUUCGAGCGUUUCAGUACCCCGGAGAUCCGACGUGUGCCCCUGGAAACUCUGGCGCUCCAAAUGAUGGUGAUGGGCCUACCGGACGUGACCCGAUUUCCGUUUAUCGAACCUCCAGAAUCCAAAAGCUUAGAGGAAGCAUUGGAACGUUUGCAGUCGCAUGGCGCUUUGGCCAGACAAGAUAACGGUGACGGUUCACGCUCUUCGGCGCCAUCGCCAAAUGAGCAAACGCUGCUUACGGUCACCCCACUCGGUCGUCUAUUAGCUGAUCUGCCGGUAGAAUUUUCCUUGGGACGCAUGUUGAUCAUGGCCUCCUUGCUCGGGUUAGUCGAACCUGUGCUCAGUUUGGUGGCUGGCAUGUCAGUCCAGAACCCACUCACUCCAACCACGGCCUUCACCGGUACGGAACGACUGAGGCGAACCGAAUCCCUCGCGGAUUAUGAAAGUGACCAUGGUGACGCGUUCACCGUGAUGAGAGUGUUUGACGAAUGGCUAAGAAUCAAAUCUGAGGAUGUCACUCAACCCAAGCAGGAAUCGCAUUCCGAUCCGCAAUGGAGCCGCGCUGAUAGUCGAACAAAUAUAAGACGUUGGUGUCGUCGAAUCGGAGCGCAAGAACAACGUUUGCAUGAAAUGGUUCGUUUGAGGAAUCAGUUUUCCCAGCUACUCCGUGAUGCCGGGCUUUGGGCAGACCGAACCACCCAACAGACGAAAGUCGCACAAAAACGUACUAUCGAACUGAAUCGAGCCAGAAGAAUGGAACGAAUGCGAACCAAGCGACGUCGUCUGUUGACGCUGCAAGACAAUGACACUGAAGAACGCUCUGAAUCCGAAGACGAAAACGAGAAUGCUUCUGAACCAGCAUCCAAUUUGCGCAAGUGGUUGGCCGCUGUUGGCGCCGGUCGUGGUAGUCGCGCGGGCCUGAACACUCUUGAUGUAUCCGUUCGAGACUUGGAACUCGUACUGUGCUACGAUCUGUCAUCCCUUGCCGAGUCUGCACUUUGUCACGAGUCGAUGACUCAAGCCGAUUUGAUUCUACUCAAAGUUGUGCUUGCCGGUGGUCUCUAUCCGCAUCUGGCCAUUGGAGAUACGGCUAAUGCCUAUCGUGUUGCCAACCGUGGGGGUUCUGCUGGUCCUGGUGCAGAAAUGGUGUUCCACACCAGAGCAAAAGGCUUCGUCACUUUGAAUCCCAACGACGUAUUUGUGCGUCAUCCGGACGUAUUAUUUCCCGACCCCAAACUAAGGGAGAAAACCGCGUCAAUUCAUGAUUCAUCUUCGGAUUCCUUGCCGUCUGGCUAUGCUUCGGAUCACCAGCUGUUGAUGUACCUACUUGUAUUUGACUCGUGGCUUGAAGUGCGGUUAAUAGAUAUCGAGGCCGGUCAAAGGGCUCUGGCGACUGCGGUAUGGUUGCGAACUAUAAUGGAUCGGUUGAUGGAAUUGCGGCUACAAGAAUGUGCACAAAAACGAGAGCGACAGGUUGCGAUUGACAGUGGUGACGUGGAAGGAGACCAGAAAUCGGAGCGACUGGAUGUUAAUCCUGAGGUGGAACGUCGUUGUCGUAGGCUCCGACGUAUCCUCGCUGAGGGCCUAGCUGCUUUUCUUGCCGCGUCUCCUGGAGGUCCCCACGCGAUCAAACGUUUGCUCGCUGCGGAUGUGAAGCAACUGUUUCGAAAAAGGCUACCAGAGCCACCAGGUCAUUUCGGAUUAUGCAGCAAUAAACCAGAUUUAAACCCCCCGCCAUUACCAAACCCCGAAGUCGGUUCGAAGAUCGAGAUGAAUAUGAGCAAGGGUGGCUACAGAGUCACAUGCUACCUAUCGAUCGACUCUCUAUUUCCAGAGGCGCAGCAUACGAAACAGCCAGAUCUCCCUAUUCCUGAUGAGGUCGACGAUGAAUCCAACGAUAGUCUCGAUCUGGCUGAGCGAAUUCAUCGCCAGUUCGUGAAUGCGUGUGAAAUAGAAGUGACUGAAAAACCGGUUGAACACACUCGCGAUUUCAGUGGGGAGGAUGUUUCUUUUGUCGAGGGUGAUACGGAGCUUGACUCUGAUGCUGACAAAUUCCAGUGCGAUAAGUGCGGCAAAACGCUGCUUACUCACGGCUCUCUGCAGACGGUCCUUCUUCGACACCGCAGGGAAUGCUCUUCGGAGGUUUGAAACACUUGUAUACAUGUACAUUUUCAAUUUCCCAUACACUUCAUUCGACU